UUUUGUUUAGAGAGAGAAACAAUGGUUUUUAACCAGGAUCAUUGAAUGCAUAAGAGAGAGAGAGGAAGCACUUUCUUUUUUGUUUUGUUUUGUUUUGUUUUUGCUAUACGUAUUUAGUGAUUAUAGGAGUGGUAGCUACAUUUGUAAUUACAACCCAUCUAAUGAUUUCUUUCUCGUACUAUGCUUUGAACUCUUUUGUUUGGUAGGUUAUGUCUUGUUUCUUUCUAAGAAUGGUGUAUUAGUUUAUUUCUUUUUUCCACUACUUUUCAUAGCCCUUUUUCUUGAUAAUGCAAGAAUAUUAAGUUAAUUGUACUUUGCUUUCUAUGUUUGAAAUCUUAAUCAAAUCUCAAAAACUAAAACUAGGUGUUUAGAGGAGAAAAACCCGAUUUCUCUAGUUUCUAAAAUUUGGCAAAGAUUUAAGAAAAUGUUCUUAGGAAGUAGACUAUAAGACAUAAACUAACUUUAAAAACAAAAUCUAAUCUAGAACGUGGAAGAAAAGAAAUAUUGGAUGGCUGUGGAAGAGAUUCCUCAAGUUUGACACAGGGAUAUGACCCUCAUAGGACAAUCUUGAUUUUCUUAAUUCCUACGAUCCAUUCUCUUCAUUAAUGCCAAGGACAAUAGGAUGGACUGCAGCAAGUUUGAAAAGGCAGCGGCUGAGAAUGAAUGUAGGGGUCGCUAAUUGGGAGGAGAUUUAGAAUUUUAAAUUGGGUGGGAAUGAGAAAAAGAUUAAUCAAUCUUGAAAUGUGGUACAGAGGGAGAUUAAAUAAUGGGGGUCACAAUCUAGAUUAAAGAGGGAGUAGUUCAGCUGAUAAAAGGCCCAUUUAAUGCAUGAUUUUAAAUUGUUAAAGAGUUUUAGAGUUUCCAGGAUUUUUGUUGGGAGAGAGUGAAACCUGGCAGCCUGCUUUUAAAUUCCACUAUAAUUACGGGGAGAAAGCUUGGAAAGCAGCUGCUAUCUUUUGGCAUUUUCUCGAUAGAACAUUGCUCUUUUCGAACUCCCUCCUUCCUUCGACCUUCAAUAUCAUGUAUAUAACAUUGCCAUGGAACAAUGGCUCUGGCUCGUCGAUUCUAUAGUUUCACUUUCAAUCUCUCUCUUUCUCUCUCUUUCUGAACCAGAAGAUUUUUGGUCAUUCAUCUCCUUUUGACGACAGUGGAACUGGGACUUUCCUUCCAAUGGCUGUGGUUUGUGCUGAAGCAGCCUCACAACCGCUUAGAGCACAGGUCUGGGUCUUGAAAGUUUCUAUGCACUGUGAAGGGUGCAAGAGGGAAGUUAAGAAAGUUCUACAGAGCAUUGAUGGUGUCUAUACGACCAUUAUUGACUCAGAACAACAGAAAGUUACGGUCACCGGAAAUGUCAGUCUUGAGAAGCUGACCAAGAGGCUGAGAAAAGCACGUAAACACGUGGAAAUUUGGCCGGAAAAGCCAGCGGAAAAAGGAAAACAGUUCAUCAAGACGUUAGAGACUGACAAGGGGAAUGGCCAAGAAAAUGGAAGAAGUCCGAGUACUACUACUCCAGCGAAGAAGGUUGAGUUUAAAUUCAGCCCUGUUAAGAAUAACCGGGAAGAACAGACUGAAAAGUCAAAGAACAAUGGGAACUCUCCCAACAAGCCCACGGCCGGGGAGGCGCCGCCGGCGUCCAACUCCAAGGGCAAUACUACUACUGGACAUGAGGGUUGUCUAAACAAAAGUGGCACAGGGCAAAGUGGUGGUGAAAAGAAGAAAAAGAAGGGGCAACCAGGUAAUAACACCAAUAGUGACAAUUCGGGUUCAAACCCCCGAAAUGGGAAUGGGGCGCUCAAUCUGGAUCCAGAUGUGGGCCUAAAAAAUGGUAACCCACUGGCCCAACAGAUAUACUCGGGCCCAAAGGGUUAUUAUUUCCCUACGCCCAUAUUGGGGUUAAAUUACGAUGCGCCGGUUUCAGGUAAAGGUCCUGAAUUCCUUUACCAUGUUCCGCCGAUUUCCUUUCCAUAUUCAAAUGACCAGACAGGAAAUUAUGAGUAUCAAGCAAGGCCGCAGAACUGCCUAGAUUAUUUCAGUGAAGAAAAUGCCCAUGGAUGCUUCAUCAUGUGACCUACCAAUACCCAGCCAAUCUCAAAUCAACGACAGGUGUUAAUUUGAAGUGCUGAUUUCACGUAGUAAAUCAGCGAAGCAUGAGAAUAUAGAGGCACAUGAGUGAGAACCAAAAUGGCGGAAUAAGGUUAGCAGGUAGCUGAAUUUUGAAGGGUUGGGUGCUUCUAGUUUUUGAGUUGAAAGAACAUUAGGGUUAUUGUGCUCUCUACCAAAUGAGAACUUUUGCAGAAGCUUUGUGAUUUCUUCGACUAAUCUAGAAAAUUAUUCAAAUUUUCAAAUUUUCAAGCGCGAUAAGUACAUUUGUUGAAAUUCAAAGCUGGGAUAUUUUGCCUCU